UCUACAUGUUGUACCAAAUAGCAACAUUCUGUGAUUAUUGACUUCACGGUUGUUAAAGAAGCAGCCGAAAUUUUGGGGUUUCAUUUCUAUAGAGAGAACUCUCCAGUUCUUCAGUAUUUGGUGUCUGUUACAGUUGUCUCACCUUGCAGCUCCAACAAUGGCGAUCCACCUGACAAACCUCGUGUCGAAAACAUUAGACACGCAUAUUCGGAGAACAUGUGUUCAUAUUUUUAGGUUACUGUCGACAUUCGAUCACCGCUCAUCAGAUGCCGAAGAAUUACCAAAGCCUCCGAAGAAACCGUACACUAUGUUUUUCGAAUUCUUAGACAGAAAUCGCCAAGCCGUAGUUUCAAAUAACCCUGGAAUAAAGAACCCAGAAGUUAUUAGUUUGAUAUCGAACAUGUAUCGUAAUUUGUCUGAGGCCGACAAAACGCUUUUGAGAGAGGAAUCGGUAAAAAGAUUCCAGGCUUAUAAGGAAGAAUACGUUAAAUUUAAGGCAUCUUUGUCUCCACAACAACUCCAAGCGAUGACAAUUUUAUCUCAGAAGAAAAAGGCGAGUCGCUUAAAAAGAGAAAAGAAGCGAGCUGAAAAGAAAUACGGUCAUCCACAGAGGCCGAUCAGUUCUUACGGCGUUUUUGUACGGGAAAAUAAAGGAAAACGUGGAAACAUGGGUUUUGCAGAGUUUUCCAAAUACUUGUCUCGAAUCUGGAAAGAAAUGUCCGAUAAAGAAAAGUCUGUCUAUCAUGAUAUGUCUCUGGCCGAGAGAGAGAGAUACGCCGUUCAGAUGGUAGACUGGGAACAACUGAUGCUGGAGGAAGGUCGGCCCGAGUUGAUAAGAGGUUACAAGAAAACGAAACAAAAGAAAACGAAAACGAAACCUAAAACAAAAACAAAAACUAAAGCGAAAAAGAAGAGAAAAACGAAGAAAAAAACGAGCAAGAAGAAUCUUGAGGAUAUUUGAUCUGCAAAGUUUGAAUGUUUUGCGAUCAUCUUCGAGCAUUUUCUAUGAACAAGUAGGAAGUUGUAUUUCUAAUUUAUUUUCAUUUAAUAAUCUACCUAGCUACAUUAUUAUUGUAUACAAGAGCAGUGUUCCGAAUAGCAAUCUGUGUAUCUCGACGAGGAUAUACGGAUCUUUUUCUGUUUGGCUUUCACUUUUUGAAAAUUUAAAAUUAAGUGAAAAUUUUAAAAUUUAGUAUGAUGAUGUAAUUUUUCAUGCUGAAUCUGAUGCUGUUAUUUUAUUGUGCCAGAAAAUUUUUAGGAAAAUAUUACAGCAGUUUAAAAUUUGAUUAUUUUUUACUGGUAAUUCAGAUUAAAAGUAAAUAAAAAUUAAGGGGAGAUAAGUAGUAAAAGAAGCAAAUUCUAAGAGAAAUCGUGGAAAUGCUGGAGACAACAUUCUUCAGUGAUUGGCACGGCGUCGACUAAUUAUGAGUAUGUUUACAUGUGAAAAUUGUAAUUCACCAUAUGGCCUUACUACACCUGCUGACGUCAAUUAUAAUAAUAAUAAUAAUAAUAAUAAUUGUGUACAGUGCUCAGGUGCACUACAACUCAUCUAAAGUGUAUAUAUAAUCAGGUGUAGUUUCGGCGGAUUUCGGAAAGCAUGAGGGCCUUAUGGCACUGCAAGUGUUGUAAAAGGGGCAAAUCUUUUCGUUACCGUUCAUUUUUUUUGAGAGAAGUCAUAUUCCGCCAGUUUAGGUUGUGAAAAAAAAGUAACUUGAAUCAUCCCCGCCUCCUUAAUUUUUAUUUUUUAAUCUAACCAAACUGAACAAUUGCAGUUUUUACCCUAUCAGAAAACAGGAUUUGGAAGCUAGCAUAUUCUGCUAGCUUUCAUUUGAAAAUGAAAAGCAAUAUGUUACGACGAUGUAAGUUGUAAGAAGUUUUGAAAUUUUAAUAAAUUUAAGUGAAUAAGCCAUACAGUUCUAUAUUUAAGAGAUGAGGAAUUAAUUAUGUACAUUAUUUACAAUUGACGGAUAUUUGUCCUCAUCUUGUUUGUUGUUAACGCAACGUUUCGGCUGAUAUACCCUCCAGCUUUCAUCAGGUGAACCCAGGUUCGAAAUAAGUAAUGUGAAACGUUGGAAUAGGCAAUAUAAAAAGGAACAAAUCCUCAAUGAAUUUUUUUAUCGCGAAGAAUUAUAAAAAUACAAAACAAACUACGUUAUACCACUAGUUCACUUCAUGUAAGCAAUACCGAAAAUUAAAACCGAAAUUUGAGAUAUACUAAGGCUAGGGUUGGGGUUUUAGAGUUAGAAUUUGGGUUUAGGGUCAGAGUUAGGGUUUAAGGUUUGAAUUAGGGUUAGAGUUGGAAUAUCGGAUUGGGUUUAGGAUUAGAAUUGGAGUUUAGGGCUAGGAUUGGAGUUUAGGGUUAGAAUUAGGGCUAGGAUUGAAGUUUAGGGUGAGAAUUAGGGUUAGAAUCAGGGUUUAGGUUUAAAAUUAGAGUUAGUGUUUAGGAUUGGAGUUUAGGGUCAGCCCAACCAGUGGAUAACCUGGGGUUAAUCAAUUGGUAACAUAUAUUUUGUGAACAUUUUCCUAAAAUUUUUCUGGAGCAAGUGAAUAACAAAAUUAGAUCCUGCAUGGAAAAUAACAACAAAAUACCAAAUUUGAAAAUUUUCACUCAAUUUCAAAAUCUUUGACAGCAAUAGAAAAGACCCAUUAGUUUUUUUGUCAGAUAAAAAAAAAAAAAAUAAGAAACAAACAUUUGAACAGGCAUGUAAACAAUUUAAAAACGAAAAAUCUACAAAAUUUUUUUGCGAAAAAUUACAAAAAAGCAAAGUGUAUGUUAUGCUGUAGUAAUAGUUCAGUUCAUGUAAACAAAACAUUUUUUGUAGCAAAGUUCAGAAUAUAGGUAUUGAUUGUAGUAGUUUUAAUCAGACAACAGCUUGGCACCAAUGUGUCUGGCUUUCGAUUUGCUAAAAUUACCAAAAUUUGCAAAAUUUAAAAAUUAGUAACUUUUUGUUUAUUAAUUUAUGGCGUAAAUGAAUUUCAUUUCCAUAAUUAGCAAACAAAUCUACUUCAAUACACCAAAUUUGAAAUCAACUGGAACAAAAUUAAAGGAACUGAAAAGUAAAAGUCAACCAGGAAAGAUCUGGAUAUACCUUAAGAAAGCCACAAUACUGUGGUAUACAUCUUCAGAAAGUGUCUCGUAUAGAUGUAUAGUGCUAAAAAGUGUACUACUGGUACUUCUGUGCUUUUAUAGCACUAUACUUCUAUGUUCUAUGUGAGGUGCCUUCUCUUGAUAAAUACCACAAUAUUGUGGCUUCCUUGCAAGUAUAUCUAUCCAUGUUAUGAUAUACAUAUAUAUGUGUGUGUAUAUAUAUAUAUAUAUAUAUAUAUUAUAUAUAUAUAUAUAUAUAGAUACAUAGAAGCAUUGUAGUUUGCUUGAAGCAUUGUAAUACUGAAUAAAGAAAAGAAAAGAGACAAUAAGAAAGCUUCUUUCAAUGCUGAAAGUUUUACAAAACCUUUAUAUUUCAGGUGCAGUCGGAAGCAGUCUGGAUACACCUAUUACAUUACCUUACUCAAACUUGUCAGUGUUAAUGCUGAGGAGUUUGUAAGGUAACAGAAUUGGUGUAACUGGGCAUUUGUUAACCUUUCUGCAUUGGUGGAAGCUUCCUUAUUUUUUCUUUCUUUUCCUUAUUAUGUGUGUGUGUGUGUAUAUAUAUAUAUAUAUAUGUAUGUAUAUAUAUAUAAACCAGGGUAUAUGUCAGCCCAGUUGGAGAAUCGCUUCUCUUGACCAUACCAAGCACCAUCAGUUGGUUUAAGCACUGUUUUGAGCAGAAAAAUAUCAAGACUAUUGAAAAUGUUCUCUUAAACAAAUAGAAGCCCGUAGAAAAAAAAUCUGCCUCUUUUUUUGAGUAAGGAGUCAGGAAAAUAUUAGCUGAUAGAAAAUAUGUGAAUAUAAUCAUUCAGUAGACAAACUGAUUGAAUUUCGGUGAAUGGCUGUGAAGAUAAACAAAUAUUUGGAUAUAGUUACCUUUUCUGUAGCUCCAAAAUACCUUACCAUCAAUUGUUUUGUUUGUUCUUAUUCAUGGUAGCAUUUUCAUAACAGUUCUCACCAAAGAAGAACAUAGAAAAAAGUUCCCAAUUCAAAUUUAUAACUUUCUUACCAUGGAAGAACAUACAACUUAAGUUUCCAAAUUUAGUGCAAAUGUUGCUUUUUUACAAUUUAUCAUUGCUAUUAUGUAUUAUACAGUAUUGCAAAAAAAAAAAAAAAAAACCCCAAAUACCCAAACGCAAUAUAUACAUUCAGAGAAUUGUUCUCUGGAUAAUCGCUGACAUUUUAAUAUGUUGAAGUAAGACUGACAUCAGAGUGCUGUUCACAUAUCUUGAAUGGUGUUGUUACACAUACAGACAUCCUGGACUAGAUCCACAAUUGUUUUCUCUUCAGAUCUCAAAACUCUUUCACCCUAUUCAGUUGCUGUCUCUUUUACAAAGCUCAAGUAAGUUCCACUGUGGAAUAUUGCUCAGAUAUUUUGGAGAAUACUUCAGCUUCACAUACAAACAUUCUGGAUUGCAUUCAAAAGCAAACCAUUUGUUAACUGGCAAAAAUUCACUCAAAAUAAGAUGACAGAGAUGAUGUUUCUUCUGGGUUUAAAAAAAAUUUUUCCUGGCUUCUUUUGUUCUUUUGAGCUUGCUAGAUGAAUAUCCCUCUCUCCUAGGUAUCACUCUUUUUGUCCUUAUAGUGUGUCAGUUUUUACAUCCAACCACUAAACCGUUUUUCCAGUCUUCUGGCCUAACUGCAAGCCCUGAAUUUAUUAAUAGGUUAAAACAUUAAAAGAAAACAAAGCAAUUCAUAUUUUCAUCUUUUAGAUUUAUUAUUUUUCAGACUACACUUAACAUUUCUAGGAUGAAGAACCCACUUCUUUCUCUCAAACUCACAUACCUGUAGGUAUGAAACAUAGAUACCUGGCACAUCCAUCUCACACACAUAUCUAGGAUACAGUAUACACUUCACACACAUAGGCAUAUGUCUAGGAUGCUGCACUCUACAGGCACACACACAUUUAUGACAAAAUGUCUACACGCCGCUAGAUUAGUACACACAUACACAUGCAAUGAAUUACCACAGUCACACAUGCAUAUGCAUCUAGAAUGGAGUACCCACCUUAUUUAUGUUUACGUAGCAAACUGCAUCUGAAAUAAAUCAUCGAUUUGUGACUCUGAAAUUUUAUUCAGUAAAACUUUUGAAACCUAUCCACAGUUUAACUUUUACUGUAGAAGAUGUACAUGUGUCGAAAAAAGCUAUGGAAACUGUCUCUGUGUUAAAUUAACAAAUAAAUGAAUUAUAUUUUUACCCAAAUUAGUUUCUUGUUUGCUUAAGUAUUUCAACUUUAGUAAAAUAUGAAAUGGAAAAGACAAACUUUUCAAUUUGAUAUGAGUAAUUGUGUUAAUUGUGUUACAUUUUAUACCAACGAUAAAAGUUAAUGACACGUUUAACAAUGAUUAUAGAAAGAACAGAAAUUCACAUUUUUUCUUAACUGUCUUUCAUAGGGUUCCACCUGCUUAACAUUAGCAAGGAUUGAUUUUAUGGUGGAGGGAAUUUACUCUUUUACUUGUUUCAGUCAUUUGACCGUGGCCAUGCUGGAGCAUUGAUUUUUUUUUUUUAAUAACUUCUAUUCAGUCAUUUGUUUUAAAAUGACUAUAUUUAAAUUAAAACCAUCUGUCAUAAUUUUAUUUCUGAACCUUUUGCUACUAUAUAAUGAUUAUUUUACUAAAUUCUUAAUCAUUUCCAAAAUUAAUAGAAACAGCUAAGCAUUGUUUUUGAUUAGAAAUAUGGUUAUGGGGGAAUUAAUUUAUUACAGUAUUAUAUUCCAUAUAAAGAUGGAAAUCUAGGCUAUGACCAUUUUCCAAUUUCAUUAAAUAUGUGCAAUCAAUAAAACCAAAGACAUUUUCCCACUCAUUUAUGUCCCAUUUAUUUCACUCCUGUGUGAAACUUUAUUUUUCCUUAAAAAAAUGAUGUGAAAAUUUGCUGAAAAUUUUCUCUUUUGUGCUCCGACUUUUUUUCUAAAUAAAGAUUUAAGACUUGA